AUGUUACUCGUUACUAUUAAGUAUAAGGGCGUUCCUCAGAAUACUGUGUGUGUGCUGCCCGAGAAAACUGCGAAGAAAAUACCAACCGCAACUACGCUUCAAGCAAUCUCAGUACCCCGUAACAACAAUGAUGUACUCAUCCGUAUCACAGCACGAGAUGUGCCGUUUGUGACAGCAAACAAGGGCGGGAACCUGCAGACCACGUGCCAGAUGUUCCUGCCGGGAUCGUCGUACCGCGCGUAA